AUGGCAGAAUACAUCCCGUCGCCCACCGAUUGGGUGCGCGAACAGGUGGAACAAUACGAGGGCAGCGGGGGCACCGAGGCGACACAGUUGCGGGACACCGGUUUUCCGGUAAUUAUCGUUACCAACCAGGGCAACAAGACGGGCGCCAUCCGCAAGACGCCGCUGAUGCGUGUGAAGGAUGGCAACAAUUUCGUACUGGUAGGUUCCAGGGGCGGAGCGCCGAAGAACCCGGUGUGGGUCUAUAACCUGCGGAACGACGCCAACGUGGAAAUCCGGGACGAAACCGAGGUUUUCACGAUGCGGGUUCGGGAGGUUGCUGACCCACAGGAACGAGCGCGGGUUUGGGAUCUGGCGGUGGCAGCAUUCCCAAACUACCAGGAAUACCAGGAACGAACUUCACGCACUAUCCCGGUGUUUAUCGCCGAGCCGGUUUGA